AUGUCGGAUCCACCGCAGCACACGAACGAUGCAUCCCAUCGGGAAGACUUCGUGGAAAAAGACAAGAAACCAGCUCCCCAUUACGAACAUAAGGAUCUGCCACCUGUGGCUCAGAAUGACCCCAAGAUGCAGAAGUUGGCACGUGAGAUCACCUACGCAGACCACAUAGAGCCUGUCAAUAGGCAACAUAAUCCUCUCGCCCAGAAAUUGAAGUCACGACACUUGCAAAUGAUUGCCAUCGGUGGGUCUAUUGGCGCAGGUCUCUUCGUCGGUUCCGGUGGUGCACUACGCAGUGGUGGUCCAGCCAGUGUCCUUCUCGGCUUUAUGAUCGUCGGCGGCAUGCUUCUAUGUACAAUGCAGGCUCUCGGUGAGCUUACAGUGCUGUACCCAGUCAAUGGGGCCUUCUAUACCUACAUUUGUCGCUUCGUCGAUCCAUCCUGGGGCUUUGCUGUCGGCUGGGACUACGCUUUGGGAUGGUUAACGGUCCUGCCAUCGAACUUACGGCUGCUUCAAUAA